GCAGGGUGAGUAAUAGUGGCGGCGGGUCGUCAGUGCUUCCUGGGCGAGGGUGGUGGACGGAGUGCCGCGUCGUGGCUAGCCUGGCGUCGUGACUGAACUCAACUCCCUGCCCACUCCUGCUCGCCCACACGCCUCUGCCUCCCACCCACGCCCACGUCAAAUCGCUCUAUGCCUACUGUACUUUGUAGUUCUGUCACUCAGCUUCUGGUACACACUUAAAUGACUGUUAUCACAAUUUCAUAAAGAUUGAGAGUUGCGUUGAGCUUCGUGACAGCAUCGCCUCGGGUGUGGAACUUUUUGGUGAUACUCGCCCCGCCUGACAGGGAAAUCCAGCACUUCAGGGAUCCAUCCAGAACACAGCAGUACGCGCCGGAGGGAGUUAGUGUCCCUAGUGACAGCUGUGUCCAAGGCUGACCACGAGCAGCCCCGGGCCACCCCUGGCUGGGACACGGGCGCCACGCAGGUAAUCCCAGCUACCGCCAUUCCCCAGCCUGCCAAGAACAAAUCCUCGGCUCAGGAACGUCUUUACAGUGAACACUCCGGGAAUGGGAAGGCGGAAGUACUGUGACUCCAGCGGACGAGCAGACUCCCAGGCAGACAACCCUGACCUCCAGCAGUGCUAGGCAGCGCGUGGCGACCGUGGCACCUGCCUCAUAAGUACGCGGCGGGCGGCAGGCGAUCACAACACACUGACACUCAUGCUGUGUGCUGAGGCGUGGCGCUGGCAUAGGUCCACGUGCGGGGCGCGGGAGAGAUAAAGGGAGACCGUAGUGUGGUUGUCUGCGUAUGUGUGUGUGUAUGUGCGUGUGCGUGUGUGUGCGUGUGUGUAUGAAAAGAGGUGUCCUGUGAACCAAGUGUCAGAGGGUGAAGUAACAGUGACCAGGGUGGCGUGGGGCUCCCUCUCCCUCCCCAUCGCGCGUGUCGUUCCCCAGUACUGAAUGGAAGCUUCGGUGGAACAUUAAUCUCCCGCACAGUGUUGCUCGAGGAACCACCAAUAUUCUGGAGGCUCCCGACUAUCACUAGUGAACACCGCUAUUAAAGACACAUGCACAAGUUAAUCGUAAUGUAAUGUACAUGCAUACUUAAUAUUGAAAUGAACGAAAGACAGUAAUUAUAAAGAGGUCUGGCGUGUUGAUGUGAUUAUUAAAGUGAACUAUACACUCGUAAUAAUAAAAGCUGUCGGAGAAAAACAAAAAUAGUUGCUUCAGUUUGAGGAAAAGAAAACGUGAAGAGAGAAAACACUGCCAACAGCGGACGAGUUACUGUGUGUCAUUACUUUCCUCACCACCACCAUGAGGAUCCUGCAGCAGCUGACAGUGGUGGUGGUGGUGGUAGCAGUGGUGGUGGUGUCUGCAGCAUACACAGAGGCCUCCCCCGCCAAGCCCCUCCCCAACACGCGGCAAGCUGAGUACGCAGAGACGCUGACUUCGUACGCCCUGACAACCCCCAUGCGAGUCAGCAGUGAUGGCGCCUUCCUCUCCCACCACCUCCACCACACCCACCACCCGUCCAGGGCCAAGAGAGACGCAAGAACCGCUGACCACGAGCUACACUACAUACUGAACCUGGAUGGCGAGGAGCACCAGGUGACGCUGCGGCCAAACACCCGGUUCGUGGCGCCCCAUGCCGUGGUGGAGCGGAUGCGGGGCGGCAAGGUGGGGAGCGGCUGGGCUGAGGUGAUCGGCGGGCGCCCCUCCUGUUACUACCACGGCUACAUCAGGAACCACACCGCCUCUGCCGCCGCCCUCUCCACCUGCAACGGUCUGACUGGCUUCGUGCGGACAGACAACGAGGAAUACCUGAUCGAACCAGUGCAGGACCACGCCCCCGUUCAUCCCGACUCCCCGCAUCCCCAUCUGGUGUACAAACGAUCAGCUCUCCCGACACCCGAGACCCACACGUGUUCCUCUGAUUCCUACGAGCGUGCCAUUCAAGCCCGUUCCGAGUGGGAGGCCGAGCAGGAGAAGACAGAGAGCAGUGAGGCGAGGCGAAGAAGGCGGCGGCGGAGGAAGAGAAGUGUGAGCCUGGAGAGAAAUGUGGAGGUGACGGUGGUGGCGGACAAGAAGAUGGUGGACUACUACUCAAACGAAGAUCUGACAACUUACAUCCUCACCGUCAUGAAUAUGGUGAGUGUGUGUUUCCAUGACGCGAGCAUCGGCAACGCUGUCAACAUCUACGUGGUGAGGAUCAUCUUGCUGGAGGACGACCAGCAUGAGGCCCUUGAGAUCAACCACAACGCAGAUGACACCCUCAGGAGCUUCUGUCAGUGGCAACAGAUGAUCAACCCAGGGAACGAGACGCAUCCACACCACCAUGACGUGGCUGUCCUCCUCACCAGGUACAACAUAUGCAGCCGUGUCUCGGACUGGUGUGCCACGCUUGGAGUGUCGGAGAUAGCAGGCAUGUGUCAGCCGCUUCGUUCGUGCAAUGUCAACGAAGACACGGGUUUGCAAAUAUCCUACACCAUCGCCCACGAGCUCGGUCACAAUUUCGGCAUGAACCACGACGGGCCUCAGAACGGUUGUGAGGUGCAGCACGGGACAAGCCAGCACGUGAUGUCCCCGCACCUCACCAACGACGCCAAGAUGAUCACGUGGUCCAACUGCAGCCGGAAAGAAAUCACGCACUUCUUAGACCGCAACUGGGCGAAGUGCCUGGAGGACGAGCCGCCGACCGUCGAGUACAGGUUCCCGGAACUGCCGCCCGGCGCCAUGUACGACGCCGACCACCAGUGCCGCCUCAGCUACGGCCAGGAUGCCACCCACUGUUCAGACAUCGAGGGGAUGGAGAGGGUGUGUCAGACCUUGUGGUGUCGAAUCAACAACCGCUGCAUGACAAGAAUGGAUCCUGCCGCGGAGGGCACCCAGUGCGGCAAACACAAGUGGUGCUCAGCGGGGGAGUGUGUCACCAUGGGGGAGCAGCCGGCCGCCAUCCACGGCAACUGGGGCUCGUGGUCGUCAUGGUCGUCAUGCACGCGGAGCUGCGGCGCUGGCGUGGCCGUCGCCAUGCGCCACUGCGACAACCCGUCCCCGGCGUAUGGCGGCCGCUAUUGCACCGGCGACAGGAAGAGGUACCGCAUCUGUAACACACAGGAUUGUCCAGAGAAUGGCGUGAGUUUCCGCGCAAUCCAGUGUACCCAGCACGGAGAGCAGCCGUACAAAGGGGAAAACCGCACGUGGCUGCCUGUGUUGUACAAAAGCUCCCCGUGCCAGCUGGACUGCAAGCCAGACAACGAGUUUUACAGCGUGAAGUUCCUGGACACGGUGGUGGACGGCACGCCGUGCAACCCAGGCGCCAGGGACAUGUGCAUCAACGGCAGGUGUAAGAGAGUGGUGUGUGACUGGUCCAUUGACGGCGAGGCACAGGAGGAUCGGUGUGGUCUGUGUCACGGGGACGGAACCCAGUGCGUCACCACCCGCGGCGUGUUCAACCAGACGAUAGGCUCAGGGUACGUGGAGGCCGUCACGUUCCCUAAAGAUGCGAGGAACGUGAAGCUUCAGGACCUACACGACGCCGCUAAUUACUUCGCCAUCAGGGACAACAACACUGGUGAAUACUACCUCAAUGGAAACUGGGUGAUUCACUGGUCGGGAGAGUACAGUGCUAAUGGCAUCAUGAUGUACUACGACCGUGACGGAGAGACGGAGAGUUUGCUGCUGCCUGGGCCCCUCAAGACGCCCCUCACCUUCAUGCUCCUGUUCCAGACGGAGAACCCCGGCGUGUCUUGGGAGUACACGAUGCCACACGCUAACGCCACCUACAUCCCGAGCUUCUCCUGGCGCCACGCCGAGUGGUCCAUCUGCUCCGUCACCUGCGGUAGCGGCAUCCAGGUGUCCCGGGUGCAGUGCAUGGAACAAGAAGCUGGACUUGUCGAAGACCGCUACUGCAGCUCUCAGACGCGUCCCGAAGAUCACUCACGCACAUGCAACACCCACGCCUGCCCAGCCUGGUGGUGGUCCGGCCCGUGGCAGUCCUGCUCCGUCACCUGCGGCGGGGAAGGCAUCAGGCGGCGCACCGUCAUCUGCGUCCGUUCCUUCGGCCCAACAGAACAGAUGGCGCUGCUGGACUCCGCUUGCGACCAGUCAGGAAAACCCCACGAGACAGAGCCGUGUCCGAGCCAGGCGCCGUGCGUGCAGCUGCUGGAGUGGAAGGUUGGGCCCUGGAGCAAGUCAUGCGGCGAAGACCCAUGCGAGUACGAGGAGCGGGAAGUGGAGUGCGUGGCGCCCAGUGGUGCCUGCGAUUCCUUUUCACAGCCCCCACACCGGCGGCAGUGUGGAAACAUUACCUGUGGGGCGUGGCAGGCCGGCAACUGGUCUAAGUGCUCGGCGCCGUGCGGGGAGGGCGUCCAGUUCCGGCGUGUGUGGUGCGAGGACGGGCUGGCGUGCAGGGAGAAGGAUGAGCCACGCAGCGUGCGGGAGUGCACCGGUAAUUGCCUGGAGGAAGACACGCAUCUAGAGAUUCAUGAAGUGCUCUCAGAUGAUCCUCUCUCCGCCCACUCCUCAGACCCUACCACCUCCUCCACAACGCCAACCACCUCAUCCACCACUUUCCCCACCACUACAACCUCACCCACGUCCACCAGUACUACCUCACACACAUCCACCUUCACCACAUCCGUCACUACCUCGCUCUCAUCCACCACAGCUUCAGUAACUACCACCACUGUCCCACCCACCACCUCCAUCACCACCACUACUACUAGUACCUCACCCACAUCCACCCAGAGUAUCAUAACUUCUUCCACCACAUCCGCUCCACCCAGUCCCACCACCGCCAUUACCUCCCCUCUGCUCCACUCCACCACAUCAGACUCUGCGUCCACCAUUCGAGAGAUCAGUAGUCCCAAUCCACAUGAGCAAUCCACUGCCACAACCUCUGCCCCAGCCACCACAAUCCCUGACGCCACCCCAACCUCCACCACAACCCCGCUCACCAUCAUCCCGUCGCCCGCCGCCGCUGAAGGGAUCAAGAGUCACCCCACGCCCUUCCCUACUAAUGACGACCCACUCAACUCCACCUUCACCUCCGCACUGCCGCUCGACCUCUCCACUGAUUCUGUGACCACUGUCUUGCCCACAACCCAGUCUUCCACUACAGUGUCUCUCAGCAAGGACAGGACCAGUGCAGUGACUGAAGUUUCCCUAAGGCAAGGACCGGCCACGUCCUCCUCAGUCCCUCCCCCUCCGGCCUUGGCUCCUCCAAGUACCCCGACUGAGGCAACCACUGACCACACCAGCUGGCCGACCCGGGUCCCACAUCCACUUGACCCCGACACACCUGACUCCGCCGAGCUCAUGCCUCCCUCACCUGACGCAACCCAUCAGGAGGAGGCUACGACUGUCUCUGAGGCUGCAGGAGGGCAGGACGCCACACACACACCAGCUAGUGAAAUAAACAACGGGACAGUUACCCCUGAGGGGAUGAGCUCCACCACCGCCACUCCUGACGUUGCGCUUGGCGGCGUGCAACUUGAGAGCAAGGAAUCUGCAUCCCCUUCAGAGCCGCCACGAAGCUCUCAUGUCAUCUCAGAAACUCUCAAUGAGAUUGAUUUAGAUUCCAAGCCGCAGGUGUCUAAGGACAAGACUCUCCCUGACCUCAAGUCUUAUCAGGGCGAUGACGCGACUCAUCCUCAAGUGACUUCCGCCACGGAGGAUCGCCCAAAGCAGACGUCCCCCUCCAUGCCGCUCACUACUGAAGCAACGAGGACCGCAGAUGAUUCUUCCAUUGAGAAGGCUGCCAUCGAGACUGACACUCCUGCAGGUAUGGCGCCGCCGACGAGCCAGGCAGAACCAGCCACUCCUGAGGAGCUCGCCACCGCGGCCCCCUCGGCAGGAACAGACCAGCCCACAGUGCUGGAAGAACCUGUAAAGAAGAAACACACUGAGGAAGAGACCAAAGCCCCCAUGCUGGAGGAACCUAUGGGCGUUGUGAUGCUUGGCAAUGACACAGAUGCCCAGGAGGAGGAGCGGCCACAAGGCAUCGCUGUGGACAAGAUCGACGUGGAAGAUUUUGAAGUUAUCGAGAUUGUAGAAUUACCACCGAAAGGAAAAAAGAAGAAAAUUAGGAAAAAGGUCCUACUCCAUACUGGCGCUGAGGCAGUGGACGCCCUGCACAACUUGGCGGAGGAGACCGCAGAGCGCGCCACCCCCGGCCCCAUGCCAGGCACCGCCGGGAACACUGUCGUACCGCAGCACCGGUGGAGCGUCGGCAGCUGGUCAGAGUGUACCGUGGAAUGUGGCGGGGGUUCUCGAGAGCGGGAGGUGGUGUGUGAGGCAGUAACCAACACCACAACAAGCAUCGUUGACGGCUCGCUGUGUCCUCGCCCGCGGCCGUCCAGUCUUCAGCCCUGCAACACGGAGGAGUGCGGCGAAUGGGUGGCGGGGAAGUGGGGGGAGUGCUCGGCUAAGUGUGGCACAGGAGAGAGAGUCCGCGACGUGCACUGCCCCAAGGACCUGUUGUGCCCUGUGUCCGAGAAGCCCUACGUGGUGGAGCCCUGCAACCCCGAGCCCUGCGUGCAGUGGGUGGUGGGCCCCUGGAGUCUCUGUACCAGGCAAUGUGGGGGCGGCUACCAGCUCCGCCAUGUGAAGUGUGUGGACGUGAGGACACAGGAGGCGAGCAGGGCGUGUGUCAGAGAGGAGCGUCCCAAGCACAAGAUGGCGUGUCAUAACCAGAAGUGCCCCAAGAACAGAAGAGGUCAGCAGAGGCGGUGCAGGGACCGUCUGGACACCAAGCUAUGCCGCCGCCUCAAGCACAUGUGCACCACCAAGUUCUUCCUUGUCAAAUGCUGCAGAACGUGUCUCAAGCGGCCGGGCUGAGAUCGUGCAUAGCCUUGACCACCUCUGUCCUGCCUUCCCUCCCUUCAUUCCUCACUCACUCGCUUGCUUCCUGUCUCUUUCUCUCACUCUCUCUCUAUCUCUCUCAUUAUGUAACUGCUUCCUUCAUUCCACGUGCUCCAGUCCCCCUCCUCUCCUUCCAAAUACACCCUGCCUCCCUCUUUUUCCUCCUCCUCCUCUUUGUCACUUUUCAACUCCCUUCAGUCUUUCAUUUCCAAAUCUCUUCACUCACGAGUACAUCUUCCCUUCAUACUUCCACUGUCCUACCGCGUCUGCAGCGUCGUCCCCGGCAGGAGGAGGCGCUGAAGUGGGCGGAAAAUAGAACAUCGCCAAACUCAAGCCAAAUCAAACGCUGACGAAGGAAGAAAAGGGAGUUAAAGUGUACAGAAGAAAAGGAGGAGAAAGGAAAAUGAUGAAUAGCAGUAGAGGUCUCGUGUGGUCUUUCUGUAUCCUCCUGUUCCUCUGCCCUGAGCUCCUGGUGUCGCCGGAGGGGAGUCGAGUGCCUUAUGUGGUGUUCCUGGCAGUCUAUGGUCCUCCCUCGCUGAAGGAUGGGUCCAAGCGGGGGCGGUCCUGAAGGCUGAGUGUGAGGAAGGGUCUUGUCUCAAAUGUGACUUUAUCUUUCCUCGGUAGAAAGGGAGGUGGACAGAUAACCAGACUUUAUCCUUCCUAAGUGGUCAGUAAGAGUGUGUAGAUAUGAUGAAAGACAUGAAACUCUCACUUUAUUUUCUUUGUCGUCAAGAGGAACGUGUAAAAAAAAGUGUCAAACGGAAAAUGUGACUUUAAUUCUUCUUAAAUGUAAAAAAAAAAUUAGAGAGUAGAAAGGCAAGAAAACAAGAAACGUGUGACUUUAUUCAUCCUCACUUGUCAGUAUUGUAAUAGUGACGGUGAAAAAAAAAGGAAUAAUGGUAAAAAAAAAUAGUGAUGAGGACGAUUAUGAAAACGAGACCAUUAAUGACCAACAACCCUUCACCACACAACACCUACACAGCCCUACCCCCUCCCCCCCUCAGCAACCUUCAGGAGUCCCGCAACGCUGCCAGGACGAGAAGUGGCAGUCUGACGAAGGACCAUUACCUAAAAUCCUAUACUCUUUCGUCACCUUUACUUCAUCUGUAACUUAGUCUCGUCAGUGCAGUGUUGGGAAAGUUUACACGAAUGUCCCUGUAUGAGUGUCCUGGCUGUCUUUCUGCACUUCCAUUAGUUUAGAACCUCGUAAGAUUAUCAAUGUUCAUCGUCCUAUGACCAGAGCCCAUUUAAGAGGGAUGUUUCAAGACAUUUAUCCCUUUCUUUUGGUUAACUCUCUCGAACCUGCACGGGGACUGCUAACUAUAACUGGGCCUUUAUUUUUUUACUCUUUAUGUUGCCCUUGGCCGGUUUUCUCCUCUUAAAUGAAGAAGCUGAGGUGGUGCAAGGCUACUGUGUAUAUUCCACCCAAGUCAAUUCUAUCCUUAAGUAUUCCUCCAUGCAAAUUUCACCCAGUGUCAUUCUCCAUUAUGGUUGUUUUCCCCUUACCUGAUCCGAUAACCUAACCUAAUUUGAUUUACCUUAGGGGAAUGAUCUGGGGAAAGUCUCGUGGUGGAAUAUUCUUAAGGAGAUUUAUCUGGGAUUAGCUCGAUGUGCACAGCUGCAGGACGCCACAGAGAGACGCUUGUGUAUCCUUUCCUUCAGUGCACCGACUCGAAGGUAGGGUUGGUGUCUCGCUGCGCCUCCCUCCAGACUGUACAUAGCUGCCCUGUGAGGCUACUGUAGUGACGCGGCUCGUGUGCUAACUCCACUCAGCGUCACAGACCGUAUUCUGAAAUAUUUUGCACUGCUACCCGACUACUUUCAAAUGUCUCUAGAUAAAGAUACACUGUUUUUUAACCCCUUCAGUACCAUGACGCGUUUCCAUAUUGAUUCUGGUUACUAUUUGGGGAUUUUAUACAGCUUCAGAAACUUAUUUGGGCGAUUAAAGUAGUAAAGACUGUGACCAUUAAUCUUCUAACCUCUAUAGAGCCUUUCUAAUGUCAAUAAAAUGAUCUAACCGUACACAAAUCUCAAGAUAAAAAUGUGUGCCAGUAUUGAAGAGGUUAAAGGUGUUUUUAAAGUUCUAGUGACAGACUAACAAGAUUCCUAUAUUAUUGAUAGAUAGAAGCACUCUUGAGAACACAGUGAAUAAUUUCUGUCGCUUUUGCAAAUAGUCGUGGUGAGAGCAAAGUGUUUCAGAAUCCGGGCCUAAAACCUUGCUGUUAGUACUUAGACCGGCCUGGCUGACUCACUGGGUCGAGAAAGCAGGAAUUCGUGAGUCCUGUAGAUGAUAACUAGGCCGUAAUGUGUGAGUGUUCUGCCUUGUUGUCUGACCACGCUGGGGAGAUUGACGUGCAGAAAAUCAGGGACUCAUUCAUACUAAAUACAACCAAAUUAUAAAAAUCAAAACAUAUCUGCUGCUUCAUAGGGAGUGUGCCGAGUGUUGUCUUUCCAUAUCGUGAAGUGAAGUACAAUGGGAUGAGGUGGAAGAGAAGCACACACGGACAAGAGGGUGGAGGAGUACAUGUGUGGUGUAUAUAGUGUGCUGUACUGCCUCGCCGCGCCCUGUCAGUGUGUGUUGGAUGGAAAGGCCACUUGAACAUAGGUGUAAGUUGAUGUUCAGGUCAUAAUACUUGUGUCUGAGGUUACUGCAGCGCGUACCUUGAUAGUAUCCACUUGAUUCAGUUCCCUUACGAACAUUCCGCCUACAAGAUUAUCACACAAAUAAUUGCCACAUCAUUCUCAAGUAAAUCUUCAAUGAGGAAUCUUUGUGGGUGGGAAUAUACUUGAAUGAAAUCUUUAUGGAACACUUGACUUCCUUUACUCUAAGUUUGAAGUGACCAGUGUGUUGAUGUGUUGGUGUGUUCGUGUGUUGGGCAGUGAACCCACACCGGCAGACACUGGCAGGCAGACCCACCAAGCCAAGGCAACACUGUGGCACAGGCAGAUUCUGUUUGUGUUGCUUCUCACUCCUUUCUCACCAAAGCAAUUCAUCACACGUCACCAGUGAUUCGGUGAGUCAGCAUCUUCCUAAUCGGGGACGCAAUACUUCCAUUGACCUCUGACACCGCCCAGCCACACACGACACUCACCGCUGCUACCUUCCGUGCUAAAUAACACGCUGCUCGGGCACGAAAAUCGACAACAAGCAAAACAAGAUAGGAUAGUACAGGACAGAACGAUAAGAGAGCACAUAAUAGGUUAGAACCAAAGGUUUAGAGGAGGACUUCCCACAUUUUAUGUAAAUGAUUAUCAGGCGCACUGUGCAGUGGUGCAGUGUCAGUUAUUUAUGUAGUUGUAAGUAAUGAAGUGGUGCCAACAUAGCGCUGUGGAGUAGUGCUCUCCUUCCUGAAGGCUGCUGCUGCGCACCAUGUGCCCAGUUCCUGGAAGCCUCGUCAGUAUUUCUGAGCUAUGAACCACCGGUCCAUCACUGGUGAUUCAAGAAUAUAUAAUAUUUAUGAGUUGCUUCGGCAGUUAACGAUUGAUAGGGCUAACAGAUCUACCGCUAGAUGGUGAUGCAGUCACUGGACUAGUUUGAAAGCUUGCCAAUAGAAGGUGUUACACUCAGUAGUUCAAGAAUUCAUGGCCAGACGGCAGUGCAAUCGCUAAACUACAGGUAGUUUAUAGAGUGACAGCAUGUCAGUUAAGGUUGGCGUCUUCAUUCUACAUAGUAACAUUUACCACCUGUAGAUGAGGAGAACAUUUGUCUGAUGCGUAAUUCAUCAGCUGUGAGUGACGUGACUUUCUGUAGUGGGUGAGAAAAGUAACCUCCAGGUAGCAUGAGGUCACCGCGCCCUGCCAACACUCAGUCCAGGCGUGUAAAUCAUUGCUUUAAUACAGUCUAUUUGAGCUGUGUUGAGUAAAAUCACAAGAUUAAACCGCACACACAUGCACACACAUUUCUAGUCUGUCGUCCACUUCCCCGUGGCAUGAGAUAAGACUGAGUGAGGAGUGAGUAGGAAUGAGUGAGGGGUGGGAUGAGUCACGCCACUUGGGAACUUGUGAACCUCGAGGCAGUGGUGCGAUGGAUCAGUGGAGGAGGAGAAAGAAGUGAUUGAGUAAGGCGGGGAGGAGGAGGGCAGGCUGACUCACGAUUCAUGGCAGACGUGGUGGCGAGUACAGGCAGUCAGGGAUCCCUCGCAUUGACCUUGUGCCAUCCUCUAUCCUCCUCCUCCUCCUCCUCCUCCUCCUCCUCCUCCUCCUCCUCCCCAUCUUACUCCUCCUCCUCCUCCUUCUCCUCCUUCUCCACCUCCACCUAAGUGAAGUAUGGUUGACAAGAACCUUGAUGGAGAGCCUUGCUUAGUGUGUGUGAGAGAGAGAGAGAGAGAGAGAGAGAGAGAGUAAAAAUAAUAGUGACAAUAAUAUAUGUAUAGCAGUGAUAGUAGUAGUAGUAGUAGUAGUAGCAGCAGCAGCAGCAGUAGCAGUAGCCGUACCAGCAACACACUGUCUGCUGCCUGACAACCUCCAGAGGGAAGUGUUCUAAGUUAUAAUACAUUAGCAUAGGUCAGUAGUCUUAGGUGAGUUUAGGUUAGUCAGUACUGGGCCAAUUUAAUGUAAGUCAGUGUGUUUGUGGAAGACGAAGGUGAAUGAAAACUGACUUGGACGAAUACGAUUUUGGUGGGAUUAGAGAGGAGUUUCUUCCGUGAAAAAUGAAAGGAAAGAAGAAACUGAAAGGGAAAAACUGCAUUGAUAAACAUUACUGUCCAAGAGAAAAGCAGUGGAAAACAAUACAGCAGAAAAGUUAAUUCUCGUAACAUCCCUUUCUCUCCGUGCCCCGCCCCAUCAAGCCCAUUCCUUCACCACGCAGUAUUAGUUGUCUCUGCCGCUCACCAUGUCUUUGCUGCCUUUUAUGUACAGUACAGAGCAGCGUAGAAACCGCUUACCCACUGAUCCCCUCCCUGGACCGUCUAACACACCUCCUCGUGACACGGUGAUCAGGCGGCGACUGUGAGGCGAAGUUUUAAUGCUAUACCUGGAAAUCUUGCCCACGGUCCGAGAGAGAAAUCUUGGUUUUGAUCUUCCCUUUCGUGGACUGCUUGGUAAGGUGGUGCGGUGUAGUGGUGCUGUGUACUCGUAGGUUUGUUAAGGUGUUCAUGUACGGCCCCUAGUGGUGGGUGGUGUGUAUGUGUACGUGUGGCGGGUGUCUAUUCAUGUGCGCCUCGUGUUGGUGUUGUGUCUGUGUGUCCGCUAGGUGUUACACGUCCCUUUUUGUAUCGUAGCUUUAAGAGUCUGUAAGAGAUAGGUUCAGAAAAACGAGAAAAUCUAAACUCAACCUUUCAGUCUCUUGGAAAAUCGUUAAUGACGGUGUUUGAAAUGUGAGUCGUGCUUUGUAAGAGAAAAACACGGCAUGUUUUUCUCUAGUGGGAAAAAAUAUAUACAGCUUAACAGUGAGUUAUGUGCUGAUGGCUUUCAUAUAUAAAAAGAAAUGUAUGUAUUCUUUUUUGUCUCAAUAAAUAUUCCUCAACUUAUAAUUCCUCAACAUAUUUUGUAUUCGUUUAACUUUAUAACAACUUACGGGACACAAAUAAAUGUUUGAGAGAUGUAAUGAAAUAUAACCAUGAUUUGCAGAUGUGUCGUACUCAACGUGUAUAAUAAAUAGUAUGUGUUGCGAAUAAAGACGCUUCUCAA